UGUCUCACCAGCAACCACCCGUCCUGCAACGUAGUGUAGCAUCCAGCUGGCUAGGAAGCUAACGCACAGACACACAGAAAUAUCCCUGCGCCGUCUUUUGGUUAUGUUUUCUGCUUGAAUUUACCCAAGUUACCAGUCGAGUCCGAGUGAUUAAAGCGAAAGGGCCGGUGGAAGAUGCAGUUCAUGCUGUUGUUCAGCCGGCAGGGAAAGCUGCGGUUACAGAAAUGGUAUGUGCCUCUGUCUGACAAAGAGAGGAAGAAGAUCUCCAGAGAUUUGGUCCAAACCAUACUGGCGAGGAAGCCCAAGAUGUGCAGCUUCCUGGAGUGGAGGGACCUCAAGAUUGUGUACAAGAGAUAUGCGAGCCUGUAUUUCUGCUGUGCAGUAGAGGAUCAGGAUAAUGAGCUGAUUACCCUGGAGAUCAUCCACAGAUAUGUGGAGCUGCUGGACAAAUAUUUUGGCAGUGUGUGCGAGUUGGAUAUUAUCUUCAACUUUGAGAAGGCCUACUUUAUCCUGGAUGAGUUCUUGCUUGGCGGAGAGGCCCAGGAGACAUCCAAGAAGAAUGUGCUGAAGGCCAUUGAGCAAGCCGACCUGCUGCAGGAGGAGGCUGAGGCACCACGGAGCGUUUUAGAAGAGAUUGGGCUGACAUAAACCGUCAUGCUGCUGCCUCGCAGUUCUUUGUCCCAGAUGCAGAUCUGGCAACCUCCCUGUCUCUAUCCUGUCUUCUCCUGUUCACAGUGUCAGUGUUGUAUGUAUAUAAUCACCAUCUAUGUACUGUAUUAUUCUGUACUGUACUAUCCUGUAAUGUCCUUUUAAUGUGGUGCCAACUGUGGUUUAAAUGUGAUUCCUAUGUACAAGCUCCCUCACUGUAUUCUGCAGUACUAUUAGCAUACUUCGCUCCCCUAAUGUCUUGAAACUCCACAGAGUACAAUGUAGCGGCGACAUGAAAACUCCAGCGUCAUAUUAAGGUUAUCCAUCAUCACCGAUUGCAGAGUUGUAUGUGCUGUUUGGCUUAAAGGACUUUCUAAGGUGCUGUUGUAGCCGAAGUUGGUGCUUCUCGUGUUUCACCGUUGCAUUCGAGUCAAAGAGCUAAGCAUCCCAUGUCAUGAAAAAUUAAUACUGUGAUCUUUGAAACACCCAGAAGGUUGUUUAACAAAACUUACCGCUCUUCUGAAGGUAUUUCUUAAUCUUCAAAGACUCAAUUUUGACAGCCACACACAAAAAAAAGUUUGUAACUUGUUUCUUAAGUUGACUGUUUCUUAAUCCAGGUUGGUGGAAAAUAAUAACACAUUAUUUCAUUUAUAAUACAGGAAAGAACCAUAAAUAAAGUAGUUUUUUCUUUGAUUAAAGUAAAAAUGGUGCCAGGAGAUACACCAUUUUGUGCUAUUAUUAUUAUUAAAAUAAAAAAAAUAGUGGACAGUAUUAUUCUUUUUUUAUCUAGAUGUUAGAGUAUUGCAAGACUCUAUAAAUAUCUUCAGAACACCAGCAAGUGUUACUAAAUUCCAAGAUUUAAUUUAAAGAUCAGGUAUUUAUUUUAUUGGAUCUGAUGUCCAGCUCCGACUCAAAUGUAAAGGGAACACGAGUGGCAUCAAGUGGGGCUGUUGUUGGAAUCACUGACACUGUUACAAUCACUUAUACACGCGUAAGUUCAACCCACCAAUUCAGUGAAAUUUAUCAAUUACCCAUAAUCAGUAUCGGUGUAUACAUUAAGUAGGUUUGUACAAGUUUGUGUUUGGUGCUUCCCCUCCAGAACUUAACCAUUUUGUAUUUCUUUUUCAAGACUAAUUGUUUUGGUAACACAUUUAUUUUCUGUUCUGUGUCCUGUUUGUUAAAAGUCUUUAUUUUUCUGACAAUUGACUUAUUUUCUUUACAAAAUCGCUUGUUUAACAUGGAAGUUUAUAAUGGCCUCUGGAGAUAAAUCUUAGGUCAGUCUCCCUUAGUCUUAGGUCAGGAUAGGACAGUGACCAAAAUGAAAGAAACACUAUUUUCUGUAUUAUGAUAGUUUGGCCUGCUCUUUAAGACUAACAUAUGACCAAAGAACACUGUGUUUUACCUUCUCAAUGGUGUCUAUAGAAGGCUAACAUGGCAGAAAAGGGAUUUAGAACUGCAGGAUGUUUGAUGUUGUUGAUUUGGCCACACUAUACCAGUAUUAGUAUUAGUAUUUUAAUCUGUUUAAAGGCAGGACUAUCCUGAGUUUCUUUAUGGAGCAAGAACGUAAGAAGAUGAACUGCACAUAUCAGGGUACAUCAAUAAUAUUCAUUACUGUUGGCUUGUUCACUUAUUAGUAGGAUGCAGGAAAACAGGCCAACAAGUAAUGAAUAGAUAUUCAUCCAAACUGUAUGGCUGUCACAUUUUUUUAUCUGCAUUCUUAAAACCACAGUGUUUUCUGUCGAACAUUCACAAGUAAUUAUUAAACAAGUUCAUCUCUGAUUUGUGCAAAAGAAAUCACUUUUUGUAUUAAACACUGCCAACACAUUUGCCAACAUUUUUUUUCUUAUAUUUGAAAGUUAUUAACAAUAAAUGUAUUCAAAAAGAAAA